AUGAUCAGAAACUGGAAAGAUCGUUUAAAAUUAGUGGAUGCAUCAUUGGAUAAAUUAUGUAAUUUGAAUGAUGAGGCUUUCAACAUGAUAUUACCAAGCUUGGUACUUCUAUUCUCACAUGAGCCCAUAAGGAUUCAAGCACUGAGACUCUUCCCAAAGCUUGGUCAACGCUUAGGUGAAGAAGAAACAAAGAAUCAUUUACUUAAACCCAUCGUUUCUCUCUUUGAAUCAUCACGCCCUUCCAUUCCAAAGAUCUUGUUUGAAUCAUACAUCAUCGAACAAUUUCUGCGUCGUUUUGGCAUUACUAAUUUCCUGCAACAGCUUUUCCCACUCUACUUGGAAGCUCUCACGAUCGACGAACGAAUUCGCGCUACGAUCUCUCCACAGGAAGUGGAAGGAGUUGCAAAAUAUAUGCCAGACUACACGUUUUCACCAAAGAGUAAUUUUGAUAUCGGCAUUGGAUAUAUCCCAUCAGUAACACAGCUGGCUAAUUCUGCUUUUGUGGAUAUUUGCUUCUUGAUAGGGCCAAUUCUCACCUCGAAAUAUAUCAUGAAACAAGUUUAUAAGUUACUAUUGAAGGAAUAUUCGUCGUUACAUUCGCUGAUUGAGUCCAUCUCCGUAAUAGGUAAACAAUUUGGAGAAACUUUUACAUAUCUACAAUACACCCAAGCUAUAACAGUGAUUCAGAUGAAUAAUUCACCACCAAAUACCAGAAACACCAUAAUUAUAAGUAAUCAUCUUGCACUAUUAGAAAAGCUUACCCCACAAUUAUCGAGUAGUAAAAUAUUUACAGAAUUCGAAUCUGGUUUUGCAGAUGCACUCAAUAAAAUAUUGGAGUGGAAUGAAACGGGCGUAUUAAAAAGUUCGGCUUCUGUCACGAGGCAAAAUAUAAAAAAUAAAUUAUCAAUGCACUUGAAAACAAUGCAUUAUUUAUUUCACGUUUCUAAUAAUGUUGGCAAAGAGGAUUGGGAACGUUAUGUCGCUCCAAUAUUACAAAAAUAUUUUGCAUCAUUUGGCAUGUCACCGGAAAACCCAAGUCAUAAUAAUGAAAUAAAUGAUAUGAGCGUUUUAGAAGAAGAAAGAGAUCGUCAGAUGGUUUUUGCCUAUUCUCAAUUUUGCAUUAUUGUUGGGCAAGAGACAAUGCGACGUAUUAUUCCAAUAAGCGACGCUAUUGAGAGCAUAAUGUACGAUCAAUUCAAUUCGAAUGAUACGUUGCCAUUAAGGGAAACUUCACCUCUAUCGAUUGAAUUCCAAACUAAUGGUCGGAGUCCGGAUAAUUCGCUGUCACCCCCCUCUUCUGGCGGAGGAAAUUUCUCGAGUAAGGAUGGAUUAAAUGGAGACGAAACCACAAAAAUAUCAUCAAAAAAAAUUAGCAAAGAAUCAAAUUCUGGAUCUCAUGUACACCGAGCACGCUCGCUUUUUAUGAAAGAAAGUGGUCGGAAAUCACCAGAAAGCAUAGAUGGAAAACAUAACCCAAAAAGUAUGUCAAUUGGUUCUGUUGCUAAUAUGUCACCAUCCUUGUCAUCAUCCUCGAAUUCAGAGAAGAACUGGACUCGAUAUUUAUCGACAAAUUCAGAAGAAAUGUCGAAUUCGCUACAAUUUACUUUUAACGAUCUUAAGCUGCGCACUUACCUAGGACACACUUCUGCUAUACGCGGCAUCGGAAUAAACGAAAAUUCACGAAUCAUCGCCUCAGGCUCUCGUGAUCGAACCGUUAAAAUCUGGUCGCUGGAUAUUCAUCAUGGCAUUGAAAACUCAGCAAAUUUGCCUUACUCCGAAUGCUUAAUGACCUAUAGUGGACACAGAAAGACGGGAGUUGGUGAUGUUUAUUUUGUUGGAGGUGGCGGUAAUUUAGGUCUUUAUGAUAUAGUUGCGAGUUGUGAUGGUCUUAUACAUUUAUGGGUUCCGGAAUCCGGGCAAACACUACAUCAAUUUAGUAACAAUCGAACUCAAUUUCUUUCAAUAAGGCCAAUAUUUCGUUCUCGUUAUCUUCUUGGUGGACUAUCUGAUAAUACUCUGACAUUCCUUGAUACAGUAAACCACGUUUCCCUUCAUACUUGGAAAUGUUCUACUGGUUUCGCAGGCACUAUACGUGCUAUUUCAGUUAACACAUCCGAGACACUGAUAGCAGUCGGAUUCACAAGUGGUAUUAUUUCACUGAUAGACACUCGAACUGGAAUGAUGAUCGGGAGUUGGAAAGCUGGCGAUACUGAUAUAAUACACGUGAGUAAUUUAGUUACGAAAAAUCGAUCACCUUGUGUUGUUUAUUGA